AUGUUUCCACGUUUAAAUUUAUGUGCCCGAGAUAACAUAGAAGCAAACAAAAAUCUCUUUGUGGAACACUUGAAUGGUUUGUUGCUUCAAUUUUCGAAUUAUUUUGGUGAUCUUGAUUUUACAAAGUUUGCGUGGAUACAGAAUCCAUUUAUCGACGAAGAAGAUGAUGAAUUUGGAUUGACAAGUAUUGAAAAAGAAAAAUUGAUUGAAUUAUCUUGUGAUACUACAUUAAAACAUAAAUUUCAGACUGUAUCUCUGGUUCAAUUCUGGUUGAAUCUUCAUACAGAAUAUAACACUUUGUCAAACAAAGCUUUGAAAGUACUGCUGCUGCUCGCAACAUCAUAUUUAUGCAAAACGGGAUUUUCUGCCUUGGCUGCAAUGAAAUCCAAAUAUCGAGCUCGUUUAGUUGUAGAAAAAGAGCUACGAGUAGCUAUAUCGUCACAAACACCAAGAUUUGAUCAACUUUGUGCUAAUAGACAAGCACAUCCAUCUCAUUAA